UGUUUUUCUUUUCGUUUGUUUCCUCGGCUCAUCGUAUACUCAUCCUUUCCGUUUCCCCCUCGCUCCACGGUGCCUCAACCCACAAUGCACCCCCAGCGCCCCCUUCCCCAGGCCUCGCCCUACUCCCUGGGCCGGAACCUCCGCGACGUCGCCCUCGGACUCGGACGAGGCAAAAACCUCCUGGGAAGCAACAUUGCUUAUGGCGUCAUACAGUCCCUCAAAGAGUGCCUCUACUUCCUGCUGUGCUGCUGGUGCAUCAAGGAGAUCCUGGACUGA